AUCAUCUUUCCAACAUCAUCUACCUUUUCUACUGAUACACAAUAAUGCGUAUCGCUUUCUCCCGCCAUUGAUUCUAACUACCCCCUUUCUUCUCAUUUUCCCAGAAUCAUUGUUCUGCUUUUCACUUUAUGUAAACGACAAUUUUUGCCUACGUUGUCUUACACAAAGACAGGCAAAACACACAAAUCCAGAGUAUUUGUUUAUUCACGUAGUUGUUCAUGUAAUACGAGGUGACUUAGUCUGAAGCGAAGCGAAGCAAAGAAGAUCUUGGAAUGGGUUUUUCUCUUGUCAAAAGGGCCUCCAACAGAGCAACAUUCCUGGAAAUCUUGCUAGUCAGUGUUCUUGCAACCUUGGUUUUGACGUCUGACGCUCAACUCUUGCCUGAAGAUGAAGUACAAGUUCUUCAAACGAUAUCUGCAAGGCUACAGAAUAAGUACUGCAUUUAACACAACCAUUUUGGCUACCAAAAUAUACAGCAGCGUAACGUGCGACUGUUCAUUUAAUGGAAAUAAGACAUGCCAUGUUACAAACAUACAAUUGAAGGGUCUGAAUUUGACUGGAAGUUUGCCUGUGGAGUUUGCAAAACUCAGUCAUUUACGGGAUAUAGAUCUCUCUCGAAACUACCUCAAUGGAUCAAUUCCUGCUAUAUUCGGAAAGCUUCGUCUGGUCACUUUGGCACUUCUUGGCAACCGUAUUAGCGGUACAAUCCCGAAAGAAAUUGGUGACAUUUCCACUCUGGAAGAGCUAGUUUUGGAAGACAAUCUGCUUGAAGGAAAUCUUCCAGCCAACAUAGGAAGCUUGAGCAAUUUGCAGAGACUCUUGCUUUCGGCAAAUAACUUCAAUGGGACGAUUCCAGUGACAUUUGGCAAUCUAAGGAACUUGACAGAUUUUAGGAUCGACGGGAGCAGCAUGUCAGGAAAAAUACCUGAUUUCAUUGGAAACUGGAAUAAACUUGAAAGACUAGAUUUGCAAGGUACAUCAAUGGAGGGUCCUAUUCCUGUUACAAUAUCCCGGUUGGAAAACUUGACAGAUUUGAGGAUAUCUGAUCUGAAAGGACCAAGCAUGAGUUUCCCAAAUUUGCAGAACAUGAAUGAUAUGGAGGAUUUGAUACUAAGAAAUUGCUCGAUUACUGGCCCAAUCCCGGUAUACUUGGGAGACAUGAAAAAGAUAAGAACACUAGACUUGAGUUUCAACAUGCUAGAGGGUCAAAUCCCAAAUAGCCUCCAGCAGCUGUCAAGACUAGAUUACUUGUUUCUGGCUCACAACUCAUUAACUGGAGAGGUUCCUGGUUGGAUUCUGGAUAGUAGAGAGCAUAUGGAUUUGUCAUACAACAAUUUCACACAUUCUCGUACAGCUGGCUGCCAAUUCUCCAAUGUAAACUUAGUUGCCAGCCAUUCUACGUCAGCAAGCAACUCAAUUUCAUGGUGUCUAAAGCCGGACUUACCUUGCUCCAGAAAGCCCAACUAUCAUUCCUUGUUUAUAAACUGCGGAGGCAGAAGGAUUAGCUUUGAAGGAAACGAAUAUGAAGAGAACUUAAGUGGUGAAGGUCCAUCACACUUUGAAUCUUAUGAUGGAUGGGCUUAUAGCAGCACAGGGGUCUACAUGGGAAACGACAACGGGAGAUUUAUAGCAACCAAUGAUUCUUCAAUGGCGUCAAUGGGUGCAGAAUUUUACCAAACAGCACGCCUGUCCCCGUCUUCACUUAAAUAUUUUGGACUUUGCUUGCGCAAGGGUAGCUACAGAGUGCGUCUCCACUUUGCCGAAAUAAUGUACUCUGAUGAUGCGACCUUUAGCAGCCUUGGAAGAAGGAAAUUUGAUGUAUCAAUCCAAGGGGAGGUGGUUUUGACAGACUUCGAUAUUGUGAAAGAGGCUAGUGGAGUUAGAAAAGGUAUCUACAGGGACUUUAAUGUCUAUGUGAAUGGUAGCACUCUCGAGAUCCAUUUGUACUGGACGGGGAAGGGCACUACGGCAAUUCCAGACAGAGGUGUAUACGGACCUUUGAUAUCCGCAAUUGCAGUGACACCAAACUUUGAUGUCAGUACAGGGCUGUCUGUCGGAGCUAUUAUUGGGAUUGUCGUUUCUUCGUGUGUGUUCAUGUUUUUUAUUUUAGCUCUUUUAUGGAUGAAAGUGUGUCGGCGAGGAAAUGCUGGUGAAGACAACGAACUUCGAGGACUUGAUCUACAAACGGGUUAUUUCACUCUAAGACAGAUCAAAGCUGCAACGAACAACUUCGACAAUGCUAAUAAGAUUGGUGAAGGAGGUUUUGGGCCUGUUUACAAGGGUGUACUAUCCGACGGUACAAUCAUUGCCGUGAAACAGCUUUCCUCCAAGUCGAAGCAAGGAAACCGAGAGUUCGUGAACGAGAUAGGCAUGAUAUCUGCACUACAACACCCGAACCUCGUCAAGCUUUUCGGCUGUUGUAUAGAAGGAAACCAACUGCUGCUGAUAUAUGAAUACCUGGAAAAUAACUGUCUUGCUCGAGCACUUUUUGGUCGCCAAGAACAACGACUGAACCUGGACUGGCAAACGAGAAAGAAGAUAUGUUUAGGAAUAGCCAGAGGUCUUGCGUAUCUACACGAGGAAUCGAGGUUGAAGAUUGUCCAUCGAGACAUAAAGGCUACUAACGUUCUUCUGGAUAAGGACCUAAAUGCUAAGAUAUCCGACUUUGGUUUGGCCAAGCUUGAUGAAGAAGAGAACACCCAUAUUAGCACACGAAUCGCUGGAACAAUAGGUUACAUGGCUCCUGAGUAUGCUAUGAGGGGCUAUUUGACGGACAAAGCUGACGUCUACAGUUUUGGAAUUGUCGCACUAGAAAUUGUUAGUGGCAAGAGUAACACUAAUUACCGGCCGAAAGAGGAGUUCGUCUAUCUUCUUGAUUGGGCUUAUGUCCUACAAGAGCAAGGAAAUCUCUUAGAACUUGUGGACCCGAUUCUCGGGUCAAACUACUCGAUGGAAGAGGCGAUGCGGAUGCUAAAUUUGGCGCUUUUGUGCGCUAAUCCCUCCCCGACUCUCAGACCUCCCAUGUCCUCUGUGGUGAGCAUGCUCGAAGGGAAAAUCCCAGUUCAAGCACCGCUUGUCAAAAGUGGGACAGCGAAUGAAGACAUCCGGUUUAAGGCCUUUGAGAUGCUCUCACACGAUAGCCAAACAUGCAUGACUACUUUCUCUCAGGACAGCAGGGAACAGAGAGGUGGCUCGAUGGACGGGCCAUGGAUUGAUUCGUCGCUCUCCCUUUCGAGCAAGGAUGGAAGUGGGGAUCAUUCUUCUGCAAGUAGGCUUCUGAUGCCUGAUCUUUAUAAUGUAAAUUUAGAUUGAUAGAUUGAUUUGUUUAUUGGGUGGUUGAUGCAGACUAAGGAAUUUGCUGGUCUUAGUGUUGUACACAUUCUUGUUAAUGAAAUCUGUCAACUUAAGACAAUAGUGAUCUGUUCUUAUCUACAUGUAGGAUGCUCCAAUACGAUACUAAUGUUUUAAUACAUUAAAAAGUUGUUCAAGAA